AUGUCAGUUUUCCACAGAAAGCAUUCAAAUUCUCCCUCCAAGAAUCAACCCGUUUUGCUUUCAUUGGAACGUCCCAAUAAUAGUCAGGUUGAUUCUUUACCCGAAGAAGUACUCGGCCAGGUAGAGGAUGUUGCUGAAAAAACGAUAGCCAAAACCAAAGGUGAAAGGAAAAUUCCUAAUAGAACCAUUGAACAUGUCAAGUCGUAUCCUUUAGUGCAGCAGACUCGUUCGCUCCUCUACCGUCUACCAGUUGCAAGAGUGGUAAUUGCCAACACAAAACCUGUAGUGAAGCAAGUCUUAGAGUCUAAACCACUACAGUUGGCCUUUCCUGUUACCAAUUUUUUUGACAAUGUUGCCAAUUCCAGUUUGAAUCUGACAGAAAAGAUUGUGCCUGCGAUCAAGACCAAGACUUACCAGAAUUUGAAAGACGACGCUAUGAUGCCUUGCAAUACAACGGUAGAAUAUAGUAAGAAGACGACAGGUAAAAUCGUUUCCCUGGUGGAAGACAAUGUUUGCAAGCCAAGCCACGAUCAAGUUAUCAAGUUCAGGAAAUUUUACAAUGAAAAAAUAUAUGACACUAAGGGUAAGCCAUUGAUCAGAAGUACAUUGAAUCCCAUAACAGCUCCUUUCAACAAUCUUUUCGAAAACUUGACCAUCAAAUACUUUCCAGAAGGCGAGAAGGUUCCUACUGAAGGUUACUCGAGUGAGUUGAACAGAAGCGUAGCAUUGGCUUGGAAUUUUGUCAACAGAUCAUAUCCUGUAGUGCAAAAGAAAAUAGUUGAUGUUAGCAUGAUUCCAUGCAAUUACGUUAUCUACGUGAACAACGUUUUCAAUGAGAGCCUUGACAGUCAACCCAAUUUGCAACCAAAGCACUGUUGGCAGGCAACCAAGAUAGCGCUUACGAGGGUCAGAAAGGAGACGAUGGAUUCGAUCAAAGCGAAAUCACCUCACAGGAUUUUCAAGAAGAGGCAAACAGUCAACAAGCCCAAUUUGGUCAAACCAAAUCGUACGCCAGUUGAAGCAUUUCACGAGAGGAUAAGAGAAGUUGAGAAUCAGCUUCAUGAAAAUGUUACUGCUUGA